UGUGUGUGUGUGUGUGUGAGAGAGAGAGAGAGAGAGAGCGAGAGCACUGUUCAUCAUCAUCUGAGCUGAGACAUGCCAUCACCAACCCGACCCGCCUAUUGUACCCACUUCCAUUUAUAGUAGGCAGACACAGAGACGGAGAGAGACAGAGGGAAAGGCAAUAAGUCAAACAUAUGCAAACACUAACAACAAAAGGUGAAAGCUGGUUCCCGAAGCCCUCCGAGAGAGAAGCCGGGGGGUGCAUUGAGCUAAGAGCAGCCACACAGAGAGAGCCCUCAGACUUCCCAAUCUCUACUCGCCUCCUUCGUUACUGCGGGAUUUACCUGCCGCUUUCAGCAGGAGGCCGUUCCAUUUUUGUUGUUGUUGGUGUUGUUGUUUUCGGAUUCUUUCUCUCCUUUGGAAUAAGAAUUGUCCUGGUCAGCAGGAGCGGGGAGCCUCGCUGCUGCUGUUGCUGAGGCAGGAGGACUCCUGAAACAAGUGAGAGUUGGACACAGUGACAAUGCCUGAGUGAGAUGUACUGGUGAACACUAGUCCCCUCUCCUGGAAACCACUCUCUGCUUUUCCCUUGCAGAUGUCGCCGAGCACCCAGAGAAGGUGCUGCCCUCUGUAGCCACCCCAGUCCGGACUAGCCAUGGCAGCCGGGGUCGCGGCCUGGCUGCCCUUUGCCCGGGCUGCUGCCAUAGGAUGGAUGCCAGUGGCCAACUGCCCCAUGCCCCUUGCCCCAGGAGACAAGAAUAAGAAACAGGAUGAACUCAUCAUCCUCAAUGUGAGUGGCAGGCGCUUCCAAACAUGGAAAAACACCCUGGAGAGAUUCCCAGACACCUUACUGGGCAGCACAGAAAAGGAGUUCUUCUUCCAUGAAGAAACUAAGGAAUAUUUCUUUGACCGGGACCCUGACAUCUUCAGGAACGUGUUGAAUUUUUACAGGACGGGCAAGUUGCACUACCCAAGGCAUGAGUGCAUCUCAGCCUAUGAUGAAGAGCUGGCCUUCUUUGGCAUCAUCCCGGAGAUUAUUGGAGACUGCUGUUAUGAAGAGUACAAGGACCGGAAGAGGGAGAAUGCUGAGAGAUUGAUGGAUGAUAGUGACUCAGAGAACAAAGCGGAGGGUAACCUUCCGUCCCGAACCUGCCGCCAGACCAUGUGGAGAGCCUUUGAAAACCCUCACACCAGCACCUUAGCGUUAGUCUUCUAUUAUGUGACUGGCUUCUUCAUUGCCGUGUCAGUGAUCACCAAUGUGGUGGAGACUGUGCCCUGCGGCAUUGGCCCUGGCGAUGACAAAGACCUGCCCUGCGGGGAGAGGUACGUGGUGGCUUUUUUCUGCCUGGACACGGCCUGCGUGAUGAUCUUCACGGUCGAAUACCUCCUCCGGCUCUUCGCUGCCCCCAGCCGCUACCGGUUCAUGAGGAGCGUGAUGAGCAUCAUUGACGUGGUGGCCAUCAUGCCUUAUUACAUUGGCCUGGUGAUGACCAACAACGAAGAUGUGAGUGGAGCCUUUGUCACUCUGCGGGUGUUUCGCGUGUUCCGGAUUUUCAAGUUUUCUCGCCAUUCCCAAGGUCUGAGGAUCCUCGGCUACACUUUGAAGAGCUGUGCCUCUGAACUCGGGUUCCUCCUCUUCUCGCUCACCAUGGCCAUCAUCAUUUUUGCUACUGUGAUGUUCUAUGCUGAAAAAGGGUCAACACACAGCAAGUUUACAAGUAUUCCCGCCUCUUUCUGGUACACCAUUGUCACCAUGACAACACUGGGCUAUGGUGACAUGGUACCAAAGACAAUCGCUGGGAAGAUUUUUGGCUCCAUCUGCUCCUUGAGUGGUGUGCUGGUGAUUGCUCUACCUGUGCCAGUCAUCGUGUCCAACUUCAGCAGGAUCUACCAUCAGAACCAGCGAGCAGACAAGCGACGGGCACAAAAGAAAGCCAGGCUUGCGAGGAUAAAGAUAGCAAAGACUGGGAAUGCCAACGCCUACCUGCAAAUCAAACGUAAUGGCUUGAUGAACGAGGCAUUAGAGCUCACGGACUCGAGUGAUAAGGAGCAGCAGCAAUCUCUGAACAAACCUGGCUCAGCUGUGGCCAGACAGCAUCACCAUCUGCUCCAUUGCUUAGAGAGAACAACUGGACUGUCUUACCUGUUGGAUGAUCCCCUUCUAUCUAUCCGAACGUCUGCUUCAACCAAAAACCACGAGUUGCUUGAUGAAUCGGUUUAUGAACAGAACUGCCUGGAAGGUUCGAUGCAGAAUUGCCCAUCUACCCACAGCCCGUCUCUGUCCUCAGAGUCUGGGACAACGAGUACCUGCUGCUCCCGCCGCAGUACCAAGAAGUCCACUCAUCUUCCCAACUCCAGCGUGUCAGCUGCUCACCUGAGAAGCAUGCAGGAACUUAGCACCAUUCAUAUCCAGAGUGGGGAGCAGGCGUCCUUCAACACCAGCCGCUCCAGCCUGAAUGACAAAUCGGAGGAGGGUCUGCGAGUGAACUACAAGAGCUCGCAGAUCGCCACAGCGAUCAUCAGCAUCCCCACACCGCCCGGCACUACACCCGAGGGGGGGCAUGAGCUACCCCUCCCCAACCAGUCCAGUACCAGCAUGGAAGCCGCAGGCUGUAACAUAGUGAAAGUGUCUGCCUUGUAAAAUUAAAGCCUUGCCCAGCUCUCAGUCACCUCAAAGAUCACAUCGUCAAGCCUGACACUCGCAACCGCAUGGCAGGGGUGAGAGGGGGAAUUGUGAAUGAGACCAAUCCCAGUGGAAGGGGGAGGGUGAUCCGAAGUCACCGCGUUUGCGUCUCAAAGCAACGGCACAGUUUCAAUCCAGUUUUAUUAUUUGUUUGUCUUUUUUUUUAUUUUCAAUGAGAGCAACAACCGGGGAAGCUCGAGAGGACCAAAGCCGGAGAGACUCAAUGAGGGACAUUUUGGGAGUUAGCAAAAGGAACCAACUCCGCACUGCGUCGUUUUUAAGUACUGUACCUAAUUUAGGUGAUGUUCAAAAUGGAUAAUAUUUAUUCACAAAUUGGAAAUGUGAGAAGGUGAGCCUAUUUGGGGGACAAAAAGCAAGCAGGAUUUUUUUUCCCGUGUGGAAGAGUGACUUUAAACAAAAAGACACAAAAGACAAGAGAUUUAGGAUCCAGAUGUUGUUGUAGUCCCCACUUUUUGACACGUUUCUCGUGUGCGUUACACGUGGAAUAGAAGACAGCUAUUAGCCCUGACGGCAGAGAAUUUGUCUGCUUAUGGUCUAUAGUUACAAUGAGCUUUCAUUUCUGCUGUUUGAUCCAUGUGACAUCUCAGUGUUCAUUGCUGACAUGAAACAGCAUCGUGUGAACAUGGUGUUCGUCAGUUUAAGUACAGUCGGUAGGUGUAUUGUGUGCAGAAAACUGUACCCAGCAAAUUUAAGCCGUUCCAUGCACUGAUUUCUUCUCUCUUCUCAAUACCAUCCCGUUCACUCUCUCACUUACGUAGUGUGACUUUUAUUAGACUUAGUUCAGGAGAAACGAUUUCUGUAUUUUGCAAAAAAAAGUCUUCAGUGCGAAUCAAAGACUUGCAGACUUGCUUUAUUCCCAAAAUCUUUUGCUUCCUCUUUCCAGGACUUUAGCUGAAAUAAAGAUGAAAAAUGUUGGAAAUGCUCGGCAGAACUGGCACGGUCUGCUGUAGGGAGAAACAAAGUUAACUUUUUAGAGGCAGAAAAAAGUUAGAGAUGGAACAGGUUAUAAUCAAGCCAACAAAAAGGGAAGGGAAAGUAAAGCACAGAAGGGAAUGUCUAUUAUAGGAGGGAAAACAGGAUGAGGGAUUAAUGCCAGAAGGGAUAAUGGGCAAAGUGAAAGGAGAUGGGAAAAGAACGACCAGAGAAACAGUUUCUUAAGUAGAUGUAAAUGGCAACAACAAUUUAUCAACAGCUGCUAUCCAAGUAAGUGGAAGCAGAGAUUGUCAUCAGAAAUCACUGAUUUCACCCGAGAGUCCACAGGCUGUAAAGAGCCUAAACAAAGGACAAGCUGCUGUUCUUAGACUGAACAUAGGAAUUAAUUGAAGCAAUGCAGGAGACCAAGGACAGAGAGAUCAGAUGGCCAAUAGCCGACUCACUAGCUAGCCCUUCCAAUAGUAGCAAGAAUUUACAUGUAUACUGCCCUUUCAGCACAGCAAAAUGCCUCUAGAUUUGGUCAAAGGAUUUGCUUUAAGGAGAAUGUUGAAUGGAGGUGUCUAGGGAGGGAAUUGCAGGGCUCAGGCUUAUAGGAAGGGAAGUCAAACAUAAGAAAAUACUGGUUUGUGUCUAAAUUGUGAAUUUCCCAACUCAAACUUAAGGGGAUAGGCUAUGGGUCCCAGAUGCCCACUGCCCUGUUAUCAUUUCACCCUUACAGCAAGUUAGAACCCAUGGAAAAAUCCGUCUGAAUAAUGUGGAGAAAUGUCUUAGAAAGGGGACAUGCAGCAGAACUGGGGAGAAGCCAACAACAAAAUACCUUGCAAUCACAUCAUCAGAGCAUCUCAAUGCACUUUAUAAUCAACUAGUUAUUAUUACAGUGUUACUAGGGGUGAAAAGCAGCAGCUAACUUUAUACACAGCAAGGACCCAAUAACAGCAAUGAAAUACAAUGCUGGGAGCACUGACUCCCCAGAGCCUGCCCACUAUUUACAAUGCAGAAGGCAGGAGCGUGAUGGAAUACUCCCCACUUGCCUGGAUGGCUGCAGCUCCAACAACAUGACACCAUCCAGGACAAAGCAGCCCACUUCAUUGGCAUCACAUUCACAAACAUCCACUUCCCCCACCACCAACUCUCAGAAACAGCAGUGUGUACCUUCUACAAGAUGCGCUGCAGAAAUUCACCAAAGAUCCUCAAACAGAAUCUUCCAAACCCACAACAUCUUCCAUCUAGAAGGACAAGAGGAGCAGAUACAUGGGAACACCACCCUUCAAGUCCCCUGCAAGCCACUUUCCAUCUUGAUGUUCUUUCACUGUCGCUGGGUCAAAAUCCUAAAAUUCCCUCCGUAAGGACAUUGUGAGUCAACCUACUUCAGUGGCUCGAGAAGGCAACUCAGCACACCUUCUCAAGGGUAAUUAGGGAUGGGAAAUAAAUGUUGCCCCAGCUAGCAAUGCCUACAUCCCAUGAAUGAAUAAUAAAAAAAGUUGGAAAAUCCAGAACAUACCGUUUGCAAUUUUCCAACCAUUCCCUUCAAAAGCAACUUGUAGAUAGUGCAUGCCCUAAUUCCCAACAUCUUCCCCGAGAUGUCUUCAUGAACCAAAGCGUCAUGCCAUUUCGCCCAUUCACCGUUAAUUUCCAUGAUGGCAGUGCUGCUGUCCAUGAUAAUGCUGGUGGAGCUCAGUUUGAACACUGGAGAGAAGAUGGUGAAUGAUGCUCCUCGGGGUUUGCCCUGAGGUAAAUGACAGAUGCUGGCAGGCCUUCCAUGUAAGUUGUACCAUAUUACAGAAACACAGAAGUGCUGCGAUGCAGAAGGACACUAUUUGGUCCAUCCUGCCUUUUCCCCAUAUCCCUGUGCACCAUUACUAUCCAAUGCCCAUCUUGAAUUCCUCGAUUGAACCUGCCUCCACCACAUUUCUAGACUGUACGUUCUAGACCUUAAUGACUCGCUGAGUGAAAAGAUUUCUUCUUACAUUACCCUUGCAUCAUGUGCAUAUAGACUUAAAGCUAUACCCUUUUGUUAUCAUAGAGUCAUCAAGAUGUACAGAACAGAAACACACACUUCAGUCCAACUCGUCCAAGCCAACCAGAAAUCCUAAAAUAAUCUAGUCCCAUUCACCAGCAUUUGACCCAUGCCCCUCUAAACCCUUCCUAUUCAUGUACCCAUCCAGAUGCCUUUUAAAUGUUGUGAUUAUACCAGCCUCUUCCACUUCCUCUGGCAACUUAUUCCAUACAUAUACCACUCUCUGAGUGAAAAAUUUGCCCCUUAAAUCUCUUUUAAAUCUUUUCCCUCUCAUCUUAAACCUAUGCCAUCUAGUUUUGGAUUCCUCUACCCUGGGAAAAAGACCUUGGCUAUUCAACCUAUCCAUGCCCUUCAUCAUUUUAUAAACCUCUGUAAGGUCACCCAUCAGCCUCCGAAGUUCUGGGGAAAAUAGCCCCAGCCUAUUCAGCCUCUUCCUACAGCUCUAACUCUCCAAUCCUGGCAACACCCUUGUAAAUCUUUGCUUCACCCUUUUAAGUUUAACAACAUCUUUCCUUUAGUAGGGAGAUGAGAAUUGGCCAAUAGUGGCCUAACCAAGGUCCUGUACAGCUGCAACAUGACCUCACAACCCCAGACUUAAUGCACUGACCAAUAAAGGCAAGUGUAUCAAAUGCCAACUUCACUAUCUUAUCUAACUGUGACUCCACUUUCAAGUAACUAUGAACCUGCACUCCAAGGUCUCUCUAUUCAGCAACACACCCCAGGACCUUACCAUUAAGUGCAUAAGUCCUACUGUGAUUUGCCUUCCCAAAAUGCAACACCUCACAUUUAUCUAAAUUAAACUCCAUCUGCCACUCCUUAGCCCAUUGGCCCACCUGAUCAAAUUUACAAAUUUAUAAACACAGUUUCUCCCUAUCAACUCUGUCCAACCCAGUCAUGUUUUGCAAACCACAAUCAAAACUCCUCUCAGCUCUCUUUUGCUGGAGAGGAAUGGCAAAAUGCAGGUCCCCUUUCUGUGGAAUGUUGUCCAACAAUGUUCUGAAAUGCCCUGUUCAAACAAUGGAGUUCACACUGCUCCUUGGAGUUAGCAAAUUAAAGUCUGGGGUAGGUUCAGUUCCAAACAUGGACCACCCCAGGUCAGUAGGAAACCAGGAAGCACACUUCUUUGUCAGAAGUGAAACAUUGUGAAGGGGAGGGUAAUUAGUCUUAACUAAUAUUGCAUUGUGAGGUGAUAAUCUGGUGGUAUUAUUGCUGGACUGUUAAUCCAGAGAUCCAGGUAAUGCGCUGGGUGCAGGGUUUGGAACCAGCCAUGGCAGCUGGUACAAUUUGAAUUCAAUAAAAUAUCUGGAAUUAAGAAUUUAAUGAUGACCAAGAAUCAAUUGUUGGGGAAAAGCCAUCUGGCUAACUAAUAUCCUUUCGGGAAAGAAAUCUCCAUCCCUACCUAGUCUGGCCUACAUGUGACUCCAAACCCAUAGCAAUGUGGUUGACUCUCGGCAAUAAACGCUGCCAAUCCAGUGAUGCCUUCAUCCUGUUAAUGAAUAAAGAAUUAAAACUUAGGGACUUCAGUGUUACAAAAGUAUUAUCCUGAUUAUUACAUCGCACGUAUUAGGAAUAUCUUUGUUUAUUCCCAUAUUUUGUUGGAAUGCUGGACAUGAUCAUUUACUUUUGGACCAAUAAUGUAAUUGGAUUCACUGUGUAUGAAACAGGAUCACACCAUCUCAGUGGUUCUCGAUGUAGUGCCCCCAACUCUCUUCCAAUGUCCCACCAGACACUGACAAUCUCAUCCGCCACCCCACCGCCACCAUAAUGAAACCAGGAAUUAAAGAUUAUUCUUCCAUACACUGAGAGAGGAUAAUAACACAAAUAUAAGAGUUAGGGGAGCAGGGAGGUUCACUUAGUUACAGUGAGGAACCAUCAGUCGACAUUUUCCCCUCAGUAUUUGGAACUGAAUAUUGGGACCUUUUGAGGGACCUGAACCUGUACUAUUUUCAUUAGGGUUCAUAUCAACACAACCUCAUGUGAGUUAGAGAUAAUGGGAACUGCAGAUGCUGGAGAAUCUGAGAUAACAAAGUGUGGAGCUGUAUGAACACAGCAGGCCAAGCAGCAUCUGAGGAGCACAAAAGCUGACAUUUUGAGCCUAGACGAGUUAGAUUCCUGUGUUGACUAUCUAACCAAUGUGUUCCCAAAGCAGGAGACCAUGUGGUAUGGCCCAGUGCUGACCAACCUCACUGGGAAGGAUAGGUGUUGCUGAGGUAAGAAAGUGAGCGUGAGGGCAGUCAAAAUGGAGGCACCAUCAAAAAGCCAAUUCAAUACAGCCCACAGUUACCCUGUAUGAGGAUGGUUUUGCCUGGGCUGUGGGUCUGGUGAAUCACUCACUGGGCCGGUAAAAUUCAACUCCUCCCCACCACACACACCCCCUUCCCCACCACCAUACUGGUGUGUGCUUACAUGUUCGGUGGGGUGGGGGUUUGGAGUGAGUGGGUCGGACGCCAGGAAAAUGCAAACAAGUCCUGAAAACGAGCCCGAAAGUGGACAUUUGACACACGAUUUUUCUGCGAGCCCUCCUCUUGGGAACUUGCCAGAAGGUGAGAAACACACAUUCAACCAGAAACCUCACAAUGGAAACCAGCCAGAAGGAAAAGCCAGUACUCAUUAAUUGUUUUGGGAUUUGUUUGAGUUUUAAAUAAAUUGCAGGCAAAUUAAUAAAAUGGCCUUCAGGACUCAGAUCACCCAUAUUUUCAGAUAAGUCAUUGAUCAGGAUGAUUUCUACCAACUCUUCCCCAAACACACUUUCUCCCUAUUACCCGCCACAUUCUCUCCACCUCACACCCCUCCCUUGCCCCACCCACCCCCACUCACCGCUCAAACCUGCUUCCAUCUCCCACACACCCACCUCUCGCCUCCUCUCCCACACAUUCCCAUUCCCACCUCACACCCUUUCCCUCAAAUCCCCCUCUGCCCCCUUUGCCCCUCACACCCUCUCCGUUACAUUCCCCUCUCCCACCACAUUACCCACCUCACCUCCUCUCCCACACAUACCCGUUCCCCAUUCCACCCUCACAGCCUUUCCCUUACAUUGCCCUCUCCCCCAACUUUACCCCCCCACCUCCUCUCCCACACAUUCCCUCCCCAUUCCUAUUUCACACCCUUUCCCUCACGUUGCCCUCUCAUCCCAAAUUACCCCCUCACCUCCUCUCAAAGAAACAUUCCCCUCUUCCCCCAUUCCCUCCUCACACCCUCUCCCACACAUUCCACUUUCCCUCACAAUCCGUCUCCUGCUCACUCCCCAUUCUCUUUCAAGAACAGCAUUUGAUUUCAAAGCUGCAUAUGGAAAUUCAAAACAGAGAGUUAUCAUGUCCAAAACACAAUUUUUAUUUGUUUUAUUAAGCUGAUGCUUAAUGUGGAUCAUCACAGAUAGUGAAUCUGUACACAUGCACCCCAUCCCUUUCACUGCAUCUUCAUAAUCUCACUCUUCACUACGUAUCUGAAGAAAGUCCAUCCCCAUCUCUGGAUUGGGAAGUCAAUUCCAUUUUGUUUUUCAGCCCCAAUAUCCUAAAUGUUGCCACCCUUACAUCCUAACUCUGAUCGGAUGAGCUGAAACAUAGUAUUUGGACACAAUUGCAACCCACUUGUAACAAUCAUGUGAAAUGUACCUAGGCUAUUAGAAUGGCUUCAUGUCCUUGUGGGUUAAUUUUCUGAUCUAUGUGCUGUGUCUGUAUUAUUUUAACUAGUUUCAUUUUUAAUAUUUGUAUUGAGGUCUUCCUGUUGAAGACUAAGAUGAAAAAGCUUUUUGAACUCUCCAUCACAGUUCAACAGGAAGACAAUGUAGGGAAAGUGCCUAUGGUCAUAUAUUCUCAGCAUCAGAUGAUCUCUGUAUUCAUCGUACAGUAGAAGAGAUCAAUAAACUUGAUAGUGGUGAGAUAUCCUCCUUGUCACCAAGUGUGAUGCCUCUCUCAAUCUCUACCAGAAAUGUUUCCAACAUUGCUUCCCAAAUCCAUCGCCCCUACCA